CACAGUUCUCUCGAUCAACAGCUUGAAACAUGGUGCUUGCCGACUUGGGACUCAGAAUCAACACUGCUGUGUCGAGUGCGAUCAAGUCCAGCGAUGUGGACAGCGCCAUCGAUGUGAUGCUGAAGGAAAUUUGCAAUGCUCUGUUGGAAUCCGAUGUUAACUUCAAGCUUGUUGCGAAGCUGCGUAACGAUAUCCGUGCCAAGUUGAACUCCGAUGAGAGUGUGAAUGCGCAGCAGAAGAAGAAGAUCAUUCAGAAAGUUGUUUUUGACGAGCUGUGCGCUCUCGUUGAUACCGGAGCUGAACCAUACAAGCCAAAGAAGGGCAAGAGAAACGUUAUCAUGUUUGUCGGUUUGCAAGGUGCUGGUAAGACUACGUCGUGUACGAAGCUAGCUGUGUAUUACAAGAGAAGAGGGUUCAAGGUUGGUCUUGUGUGUGCCGAUACGUUUAGAGCUGGUGCAUUCGACCAGUUGAAGCAGAACGCUGCUAAGGCCAAUGUUCCUUACUACGGUUCGUAUACAGAGACGAACCCUGUGAUUGUUGCCAAAGAAGGUGUUGAGAAAUUCAAAAAGGAGAAAUUCGACAUUAUCAUUGUGGAUACUUCUGGUAGACAUAGACAAGAGGAGGACUUGUUCCAAGAGAUGAUUGAGAUUGGUGAAGCUGUGCAUCCAAAUCAGACCAUUAUGGUUCUCGAUGCCUCCAUUGGUCAAGCUGCAGAGGCACAAUCCAAGGCCUUUAAGGAGAGUUCUGAUUUUGGUUCCAUUAUUUUGACAAAGAUGGAUGGACACGCCAAAGGUGGUGGUGCUAUCUCUGCUGUUGCUGCCACGCACACACCAAUCGUCUUUAUCGGUACUGGUGAACAUACCCAAGAUUUCGAAAGCUUCAACCCAAAGUCGUUCAUCUCAAAGCUCUUGGGUAUCGGAGAUAUCCAGGGCCUUAUCGAGAAGGUUCAGUCCUUGGACAUUGAUCAUAAGGAUACCAUAAAGAACAUCCAGGAGGGUAAGUUUACCAUUUCCAAUUAUCAACAACAGAUCCAAGGUAUAUUGAAACUUGGACCAAUUUCACAGAUUGCGAACAUGGUUCCCGGUCUGGGCCAGAUGAUGAAUGGUAUAAACGACAAUGAGGCACAGAACGGGUUCAAGAAACUCAUGUGUGUUCUCGACUCCAUGACCAAAGAAGAGCUGGAAUCAGACGGCAAGAUAUUCAUCGAACAACCGUCCAGAAUCGUCAGGGUCGCCCGCGGUGCGGCUCUCCCAGUACACGAGGUUGAGAUGAUCCUCACACAGGUGAAUAUGAUGAGUGGAAUGGCACAGCAGUCUAAGAACAUGAAAGACAGUGGGAUGGCUGGCAUGGGUGGUAACCCAUCCCAACCGCAGAUGCAAAAGAUGAUGAGACAGAUGCAGUCCAACCCUGGCAUGAUGGCCAACGCCAUGAGAAACAUGCAAAACAUCCCAGGCAUGGGCGACAUGAUGAAGAGCAUGAUGGGAGGCCAAGGUGCUGGUGCGGGCGGAAUGCCAGAUAUGAACCAGAUGAUGAAGGCCAUGCAAGGCAUGGGACUUGGUGGUGGUGCACCGGGUGCACCUGCUGGAGGAAUGCCAGACAUGUCUGCUAUGAUGAACAACCCAAUGAUGAAGCAGAUGAUGAAGAACAUGGGGAUGUAAACUAUCUGUCUCUCCAUCUCUCAUUGUAUGGGAGCACACCUCUGUCUUUCCAUCUCCCAUCAUAUAGGAGCACACGUCUGUCUCUUGCUCUCUCACUGUAUGGGAGCACACCUCUGUCUCUCCAUCUCCCAUCAUAUAGGAGCACACGUCUAUACCGUAAUCAA